AUGUUACAUCAAGUGUUACAAUGUUUCAAUGGUACACCUACAGCGCAUUUGUUGCUUAAGACAAUAUCUAGAAAGGGUAUCACAAAACAUAUUUCAACAACUUCUUACUGCAAGAUUCAAGAAGAAGUCUCAAAGCUAUUAGCUUUAAAAGCACAGUUGAACACUGAAGAUGCCGCACCUCAAAAGUUUACUCUUAAAACACCGAAAGGUACAAGAGAUUACAAUUCACAACAGACAACAAUACGCAAUAAUGUCCUGCAGAGAAUUACUACAAUAUUCAAGAAGCAUGGAGCAGAGUGUAUUGAUACACCUGUCUUUGAACUAAAGGAAGUUUUAACAGGAAAGUAUGGUGAAGACUCUAAAUUAAUAUAUGACUUAAAAGAUCAAGGAGGAGAGAUACUCUCUCUGAGAUACGAUCUUACUGUGCCACUUGCUCGUUAUUUGGCUAUGAACAAAAUAAAUACAUUGAAAAGGUAUCACAUUGCCAAAGUGUAUAGAAGAGAUAAUCCAGCUAUGACAAGAGGCCGAUACAGAGAGUUUUACCAAUGUGAUUUCGACAUCGCCGGUCAAUACGAUCCGAUGAUUCCGGACGCGGAAUGCCUCAAAGUGGUUACGGAAAUCCUGGACGUCCUUGACAUUGGCAAAUACAUAUUAAAGGUGAACCACAGGCGGUUGCUCGAUGGAAUGUUCGAAGCGUGCGGCGUUCCCGCUGACCAGUUCCGGUCUACCUGUUCCACUAUAGAUAAACUCGAUAAGUUACCAUGGGAAGAAGUGAGAACUGAAAUGAUCAACGAAAAAGGCGUCACACCCGAAGCUGCUGAUAAAAUUGGGGAAUACGUUCGUUUGAAUGGCAGCACGGAGUUGGCUGAUAAACUGCUCGAAGACGCAAGGCUCUCUAAAUCAAAGAGUGCAGUGGAAGGGCUUGGCGGUAUCAAGUUAUUGCUGCACUAUUGCGAACUCAUGGGCAUCAAGGACAAGAUUCUAUUUGAUUUGAGUCUGGCCAGAGGUUUAGAUUACUACACUGGUGUUAUUUAUGAGGCAGUUUUGACACAACCCAUAAAAAUUGGUAAUGAGGAGCAAACCAUUGGCUCAAUAGCAGGUGGAGGGCGGUAUGACAACCUCGUCGGAAUGUUCGAUUCUAAAAACAAACAGGUACCAUGUGUAGGUGUCAGUAUAGGAGUAGAGCGUAUAUUUUCGGUCCUCGAAGCGAAGUUAGCUGCAGGUGACAUCAGCGUGCGAACGACCGAUAUUGACGUUUACGUCGCAUCUGCGCAGAAGAACUUCUUAGAUGAAAGGAUGAAGAUUUGCGCAGAGUUGUGGAACGCUGGGAUUAAGACAGAGCAAUCCUACAAGAAAAAUCCCAAAAUGCUGAACCAGCUGCAACACUGCGAGGAGAACGGUAUCCCCUUCGCUGUUGUCCUUGGGGAGUCUGAACUUAAACGAGGAGUUGUCAAGAUACGAAACAUUACUACCAGAGCAGAGGAAGAAGUGUCAAGGGAAAACCUUGUGGAAGAACUGCAGACAAGAAUCGAAAAAUUAGGCCUCAAAGAAAUGAAUGGACCCGUUGCAUAA